CCGGCGGAAGGGGAGCGUCUGCCCGACACACACGCACGCACGGAGACACAAACCUCCCCGCUGCUUCCUUCCAGUCCUUGCCGGUAUGGGGAACAUAACUUGCGUUCCUCAGGCACCUGGGAGGCUCGGAGGUUCUUUCCGAAGGAAGCCUUCGCUGAAGAAAGAACAAAAUGGAAAGAAAAAACUGCCCAGCUUUUUUGGUAUAGAAGGCGGGCAGGAGAGAGAUACGACCACAGACAAAAUCCUGCAGUAUAUUCCAGGAAAGAAUAUUCAGAACCAGGAAAACCAGAAAGAAAACUUGGACCAGAGGUUCCCCAGCCUGUUCAAGAAGGGACGAAGGAAAACAGUUGUCAGGAAUCUGGGCAAAAUGAUCUAUUACUCCAAGGUCAAGUUUAAGUUCCAGCACUGCCAGGAGGUGAAUGACUGCUUCUUGGAGCUGUUCCAGUCUUACCUGUACUUCCAGUCUAUGGGCUCCAACGGACUCACCUACCAGGGACUGCUGCCUUUAAAAGAGCUGAAUGUGUGUGAAAUUGAGAACGGGAAGAGCACUGGGCAGGAGGAGCACGCUUUCCGCAUUGCAGGUCCUCUGCUGAAUCCCCUUAUCGUGUUCUGCCCUACUGAGUCAGAGCUGAAGCAGUGGCUUUAUCACCUGGAGAAACAGAUCCAGCUGAACGGAGGAAGCCUUGACUUGCCCUUCCUCUCUCAGAAUGACUGGAAGCAGAGCUCCAUGGGGAAGGAGGAGCUGCGGUGGUCCGUGCAGAACAUGCCCGUCCAGGAGUGGCGAGGGACCCAGCGGGAAUCCCUAGGCGAUGUCCUCUGUGUUUCCAAAGUGAAGCUUCAGCAUCUGCCUUUCCAGGAGCAGCAUGACCGGCUGUUAGUGCUUUACCCGUCCACGCUGGUGAUAGUAUCUGAAGAGCGCAACAGCCUCUGUUUUAAGGGUGAGCUGCCACUCAACGCCAUCCAAGUGCUUUUUGAAGAGAACGAGAAAACCUCCUUUUUAAUAGAAGGUCGACUAAUCAAUUCGAUCCGGGUGAUCUGCCGCAGCUAUGAUGAUUACCAGGAGUGGCUCUACUGUCUCAAAACAGCCCAGUUUCGAAAUGCCGACUCCUCCCUCUCCGGAUCAGAGAGUUUCUCGGGAUCAAAGCUGCCACACCCUGGCCAGUUUGCCGGCAGCGGGAGAGGGUCACUCACUUCUGACGGCCGUACAAACUCCUGGGCGUCGGGAGGGAGAGUGGCCACCUUAACGCACCUCUCCCAGACCAGUGGCUCUCUCCCCGACGGACAAUCCUUCCUGCUGAUGCCCGAGAGCAGGGUGCUCGAAGACCCCCUCUCCCCUGGCUAUUCCCAGCCUCUCCAUUCCCUGGCACAGACCAACUGGCCAAGCACCGGGCUGCCCGCGCAGGACCUGCGGAGGGGGGGCAGCGCCAGAAAGUCCAAGGGCAAAUGUGGGCCGUGUGGCCAGCAGCCGCCCAGCCAGGACACGGAGAGGACCGUCUGCAGCCUCAUUCCCGAAAACCCCAACGGCGAGCUCCUGUCCCCGGUGUACAACGAGCCGUACUCCCCGCACGGCUCGCGGCGUCGCCCGCCGGCUCCCCUGCCGCACCUGGACCUGAGCAACCUGAACAGAUGGAGCUUGGUGGGAAGUCAACCCUCGACAGCUUCCAGCUCCCUGGAGAAGCCGGCCGUGCCCCGCUCCCCCCUGUACGCUGACCCCUAUACGCCCAGCUCUCCCAGUGCCCGCAGCGUGGCAGGCUCCAGCAUCCUGGAAGAGUUCCUGCAGUGUCACGGACAGACGGGUUCAGCACAGGCGAACGGAUGCUCAGCCAUGCCGGUACCCCAGCAUCUCUCUCUGCAGAAGAGGAACUGCCAGCCCGUGCCCAGCAGUCACUGCAGAGAGGUGCCUGCGGCUCUGAGUUACAGCACCCCAGGCACCUCAUGCCGUCUCCAGCUGCGGCCUCCUGCUGACGCUUCUUACCUUGAAGAGAUCCCUUCUCUGCGAGAGGAACAUCUGGGCUCUUCGUUGCAGCCACCAGAUGGGAAUGUCGGCACUUACGACCUGCCAGAGGCCAGCUGCCCGCACCGCGACUCCGCAGCCUACCACGACUAUGCCGAGCUCCAGAGCUUCCAGAGCGACUUCAGCUAUGACAACCUGUGGGAAGCUGAGGAGAAGGAGCUGGACACCCCGCACGUCUCCCCAGCACCCGGCCAGCAGUUUUACCAGGCUUGAGGGAAGGUCUCCACAGCCAGGCACAGAAAAGCCCCCGCGCUCUUCUCUCGCUGGGCUUCCCUCCAGGGUGAGGAGCCUGGGGCGUACAAAGCAAGGGGAAGGGCCCUGCUCCGCUCUGCGAAAGGCUGGUUCCCAUGUCCUGGCAGGUCCGGAGUUCAAACUUCUCCCCUAAAUCUGAGGAUGGGGGCAAAGCACAAAAGCGACAGCCUCUGCGGACCCGGAGGAGCAGCGUCUGUGCUGUGCUAAGGAGUGCGCUCUGUGGCUGCCCCGGCUCGGGGAGCCCUGGCUAGGCAACAGCAUUGCCCUCCUGAAAAUAAAAGGAAGAACAAAAAGCUGGUCAGGCUCCCUCAGAUAAAAGGGACGGGGUGUUCAGACGGAGCAGUCACUCAAAGGCCAAAGAAAAGGGCUGGUUGGUGGCUGGAUUAGUUUGAUCAUUUCCCUUUUUACCAGAGCCCUUAGGCUGGUCACUUUGAGGAUCCGCUGAUCCCUGAGAAUAGCUGUUAAGCCGAACAUUCCCCCAUUGGGCUCUGAAGUCUGCAAAGAUGCACGAGACAUGCCCCAUCGUGGUACGUAAGGCUGGUAGCGAUAGCUGUGCUCAUAGGAUUGUCUUCCUGCAAGAUCAGAGCUAUCUGACAGAGUUGGAGAAAAAAAUCCGGGUCUGGGCAGAAUGGGAUGUUCUUUCCACUUCAUGCAAAAAAUUCUUUCCUGCCAGUGCUGGCUCCAAACCAUGGUGGUGACCUGCAAUAUUAUGAUCCUGACACCUUGGCAGAUGGAAUCAAGAAAUGUGCUGCCAGCAAAUAUGCCAAGUGGCUUGUGUUUACCAAGGUCUUCCCUGGAAAGGAUGCCCUAGAUUCCUCUUACGGGACUGCGUCCUUUCCUCCCAUCCCUCUGCACGUUACUGGGCUCACACUAAAUGCUGUCUGUGAAUAUCUAGGUAGGGAGGGAAGGAAGAAAAUUCACUGUAGUCCAAACUGCAGUACAGCCAUAACUCCCCGGUGAUCAGAGCAAUGCCAGUGUGGGCUGCAAUCUCUCUCUUCCCCCCUCCAGAGCAGCAGUAAGACCAGGACACAAACAACAGAGGACAGAGUCUCAGUGGUUAUCAUUUUCCAGCCUCUUAGGCCAGAUCCUGUAGCACAUAGAAGGUCAGCAGCAAAUCCACAUCUUUUUACCUGAGGCUCCAAAUUCUUAACCUUUGUUCCCUAAAGAGGCUGCAAACCAAACAUAUUAACAAAAUCUCUAUUUUCGUUCUUUU